AUGACUCAUCAAUCAGAGAAGCUCAACGACAAUGAAAGUUCAAGUGAUGAUGAAUCAAUGACACAAGAUUCUCCUGUCAAUGAUGACAGAAAUGAUGAUGAUUAUGUCAAUGUUGAAUUUAAUGAUCUGAAUGAAGAAGAGAAAGAAAAUCCACAUAUGGACAGUGGUAUCACAGCUGAGUCAAACGACGAUGAUGAAUCACCACGUGCUGAUGAAACAACUGAUCCUGAAUCAAUGGAUGAAGAUAUAUGCCAUGCUUUUUAUGAACUUGAACAUCAAAAAGAAAAAGCGAUGGAACAAUUAUCAAAUGUAUUUCAACUAUUGAACAUAGACCCGAUCCAUGACAGAUCAGCAGUAUUACCCAUUCGAGCCAAAGUCGAUGAAGUAUAUAGAAAACUUAAUCGAUUAUGUGACGUAUUAGAUGAAAAAUCUCAAGUUUCGUAUGAUCCAAAUCCUCAUGGAUUAAGGAUACGUGAAUCAAAUGAUCUUUUGGAUGGAUUAAAGAAGUUAUAUGCUGAUAGUAAUGACAGUGAACAAGUUCGUUUGAUGACAAUUGCUCCCAAAGAAUGGGGUCGACAAAAAAUUGAAAAAAUGUCAAAUCAGGCUCGACGAUCGCUUGUUCUUCGAAAAAAUAAUGCGAUAUUAGCUUAUCCACAAUGUCUACGAGGAAAUAUUCCUUUAUCUGAUUCAACAAUUGAUGCUGUAGUCAAUUUCUAUCGUGAAGAUGGUAUUAGUCGAACCUCAUCCAAUUCCAAAGACACAAUUAAAAUUAAAGGACAACCAGUGGCAGUUCGGUUUUUAGAAAUGAGUGUCUUGGAUGCUUAUCAUAUCUUCAAUGAACGACAUCCUGGAACUGUUGCAAGAUCAACUUUUAAUGCUCUUCGUCCACGUGAAGUAAAAACUGUAACACCACAUGAAACGUGCAUGUGUAUUAUACAUGAGAACAUGGAUAUAUUAUUGAAGGUUUGUACCAGCUGUAUAUUGAUUCGAAUGUAA